GGGCCGGGCCGGGCGGGAGCGGGACUGCGCGGGCUGCGGGAGCGGGCCCGGCCCGGUGCUGUAUCGGCAGCGGACGGGACUCGGAGCCUCGCGGGGGGCAGCGGGCGGGCACGAUGUCCCAGGAGAGCCUGCAGGGCAUGGACGAGGGCACGCUGAGAAAGCUGCUGGAGGCGACGCUGGAUCUCGCCGAGCGGCGCCGCAUCCGCUCAGCCAUCCGGGAGCUGCAGCGGCAGGAGCUGGAGCAGGACGAAGAGGCGCUGGCCUCCAAACGCUUCCGCACCGAGCGCGGCAGCCACCGGCAGGACAACAAGGAGAACUGGCUGCGGUCCCAGCAGCUGGAGGAGGAACAGCAGAAGGCCCUCGCCUCGCUGUCCCGGGAACUCGAGUCCAUCACCGAUGUGGAGGAGCUGACAAAGCUGCUGCGGGCAGCCAGCGAGUACGAGGAGCGCAAGCUGAUCCGCGCCGCCAUCCGCAAGCUGCGGGCUGAGGAGAUCGAAGCUGCAACCCUGGCUGGGAACGUGCAGAGCAGCCGCAGGGAUGGUGCUGAGCCUGCAGCCGUGCCCGCACGUGCAGAACGCAGCAGGAGAGAUGAUGCUGAAACGGCAGCUCUGGUUGGGAAUGGGGAGAGCUCCCAGAGGGCAGGCUCUGAGCUGCCGACCGUGGUGAGUGUGGAGAGCAGCACUGAGCCUGUGGAGAACAGCCGGAGGGGCGAUGCUGAACAGCUGGUGCUGACCAGGACGGAGGAGAGCAGCCAUGAGGGGGAUGCAGACAGACUGCCUGCUGAGGAGCCUGAACGCUCCGUGGCCCAUGAGCAGGAGGAGGAGCAGGAGCACAGGCAAGCUGAGCUGCAGAACCUGAAUAGCCAGCAGCUGAGAGAACCCCAGAAACCCCCUGCCCAGGCCACAGCCUCAGGGACCCUGGUUCUCCUGGACCUGCACCCAGCCCUUGAGCCCACUGCGGCCCCACAGCCCGAAGAGCAAACCGCAGAGGUGGAGCUGCACACCAAGCGGGCAUCUGAGUGUGAGCUGCAAUACCAGGAGGAGGGAUCUGGCAGCCCCUGUCCUGUGCAGGAGCCCAACGUGGAGCCAGCAGAGGCCCCGUGCAGCACAGGACAGAGCCGCCAGGCGGAGCAGGACGGCCCAACACAACCCUGUGCUGUCACUCAGAGUGGCCAGUUUGUCAUCUGCGUGCGAGGCCAGGUGUCGGGGAAGGCUGCGAUGCCACAGGAGAAGCCAGCGGCACCCACCCAGAGCACAGCACGGACCCCAUCUCGCCUCAACGCUCAGCGCUGGGAACAAACACCAUCCUCACCAUGCCCACAGGGCCACGCAGAGCCGAGCCCCGUGCAGCGCUCCUCCUCGGUGCGGGAACGCGCGCAGCGCUUCACCCCUUCGGGCGCGACCCCGGUGGGCGCCGCGGGGCGGCAGCGGGCGGCGGCGGGCGGCCCCGAGGGGGCGGGCGGCGCUGCGGGGCGGGCCGGACCCGGCCAAUGGCAGCGGGGGCCUCGCACGGCCCCGCCGGGUCCCGAUCAAAACGCGAGGGGAGCCGGUGGCGGAGGAGCAGAGCAGCGCCCGCCGCACGCCGGCCCCCGCCCCGCCGGUACCGGCCCCACCGCCGCCCACGACGGCAUGAAGACGUACUUCACCAUCGAGAUCAAGGAUGGGCGCGUGCAGCCCCACACGCAGUCCGUCACGCCCCGCAUCGUGGCCGCCCCCGGCAGCCAGCGGGCAGAGCUCACCCUGGGGCUGAGGAGCACUCCCAUCCGCAUCACCGCCAUCCCCAGCAGCACCGGUAUCUGCAGCAUCACCACCAGCAGCAAUGUCGUCAAACCGAUGGAACCGGAGCUGGUGGUGGAGCAGCCCCAGGCACCGAGGCUGCAGCCAGAACUGCCCAAUGGCAUGGAGAAGGUCCAAGUGAGGGAAGUGGAGAAAAAGAGCAAGCUGAAUGUCGAAGAGCUGAACAGGAUCGAGGAUGAGAGUGUUCUGGAUAAGAUGCUGGAUCAGACCACGGACUUUGAGGAGCGACGGCUGAUCCGUAAUGCCAUGCGGGAGCUGCGCCAGCGCAAGCGAGACCAGCGGGAGAAGGAACGGGAUCAGCGGCUGCAGGAGAUGAAAAGCCAGGCUACAGUGAGCAGGGCUGGCCACAACACUGAGACCACCACCACGCAGAGCACCCAGUCAGCCGAUGGCUCAGCCCGCAGCACUGUCACCAAAACUGAGCGCCUCAUCCAGUCUAAUGAUGGCAACAAGACUUCCCGCACAACAACCAUGGAGUCAAGUUAUGUGAAGAAAUCAGACAAUGGCAGCAGCAGCACGUUUGUUCAAACCAAAUCAUCCUACAGCUCAUCUUCCAAGAAGACAGGCAGCAUCUUUGACCGGGAGGAUGAGAGUGCCUCAAGGCAGAGCAGCUUGGCUGCACUGGAACGACGCCAGGCUGAGAGAAAGAAGGAGCUGAUGAAAGCUCAAAGCCUGCCCAAGACAUCAACCUCACAGGCUCGCAAGGCCAUGAUUGAGAAGCUGCAGAAAGAGGGCGGGAGCUCUCCAAACCCUGCAGCACCGCGUGCAGCUGUGCAGCGCUCCUCCAGCUGUGGUGUCCCCAAUGCCAACAGCAUCAAGCAGAUGUUGCUGGACUGGUGCAGGGCUAAGACCCGGGGCUAUGAGCACGUGGAUAUCCAGAACUUCUCCUCCAGCUGGAGUGAUGGCAUGGCCUUCUGUGCUUUGGUCCACAACUUCUUUCCAGAUGCUUUUGACUAUAGCCAGCUCACACCCCAGAACCGCCGUCACAACUUCGAGGUGGCAUUCUCCUCUGCAGAGAUGCUGGCGGACUGCGUGCCCCUGGUGGAGGUGGAAGACAUGAUGAUCAUGGGGAAGAAGCCAGACGCCAAGUGCGUCUUCACCUAUGUGCAGUCCCUCUACAACCACCUGCGUCGCCACGAGAUGCGCAUGCGGCAGAAAGAGUGCUAGAGCCUGCCCCGGCCUGCGGCUGCCCGACACCUCACUGCCCCCUCCCUGCAGGGACGCUGGUGUGCGGAGGAGCUGCUGCCCCAUGGAGAGGCUGGCAGCGGGGGUGGAGAGGCUGUGGGGCUGGCGCUGGACAAAGUUUAGGGCUCCUGGGUCACCCAUUGCUUCAGCCUUGCUGGAGCUCCUCGGUCAGCCUCUGCCCCGGCUGGCUGCCAGCUGAAUGUAUGGGCAGGGCAGAACGGUGCCAGGUGGGUGCCGCCUAGGAUGCCACUCUCCCUGCAGCCAGCUUGGCUCUCCUCCCCUCUGCCAUACUCUAGUGUGUUAAGUUAUUCAUUCUCAAGGAGUUCUUUUUACAUGGGCAGGGUCCCUGCUUCCCCAGGGAGGCUGGGGCAGCACAGUACCCUCAGGCCCUGAGCCAGCGUGGGUCUGUGUCUGUGUGGCUCGGCCCAUGGACCCUGCAAGCCAGGGCCCAGGUGGGUGCUGCUGGUUUUGGUGCAGCCGGGAGGCAGAGUGCCCUGCUCCCCAGGCGGCCUGAGAACAGUUCUGGGCCCCCUGCAAGGAAGCCCCUCUGCCCACCACAGUCCCUGCUUGGUGCCACCUCCCUGGGGACGGCCCUGUGCCAACACCCUGCUUCCCACUGCACACACGUGCCCAGGGCGCUUCCACGGCGGGGACCUGCAGCACCCCCGUGCUGGGGAGCUGGAGGGGAGCGGGGAGGGCCCCAGGGAGCGCGGGGCCAGGGCCAGGACCAGACAGCCCCCGCGCUCCUCCCCAGCUCUGGGCACCUCGUGCUCAGUGCCACUCGCCCCUUCAUCACAGUCUACACCUGCGUUGACACGUGUACCAACACCAGCCAGACAAUAAAAGUUUAUUCUAUAGGGUGAUUCUUCUGCCUCGGGUCCUUCUCCCCGACCCUUUCCAGCAACCACUUCCCCUCUCCCUGGGAGGAUUUGCAGCCUCAGCUGCACCAAGACCCCUCAACUCUGGACCAGAGGGCCCAGAGCUGGGCUAGCACCCUCACCUUUUGCUCCCAAUAGGAGCAACCGUGCCCAAAGCUUUGGCGCCUGAUCUACAUGGUCACAAGGACAGCACAGGAACUACAUAGCAA